AUGGAGGGUUCCGCGGAAAAGACUGUCGGAGGAGUUGACAAUGCGCAGAUAAGGGCAUGCGGCGUGGCGUUUGUCGUUGCUGCCGUGGCCGUGCAACCCAAUGUUAGCGCUUCUUUUGCAUCUACUGCCCCUCCGACCCGCCCCUCCCCCUGCCCCUUCCCCAUCCCUGCUCCUCCCCACUGCCCCUUCCCCCUCCCUGCCCCUACCCCCUGUCUUUUCUCCUCCCCUGGCCAUUUUUCCUGUCCUUUCCUCAUGUCGCUUCCCCUUUCCCCUCCCUUUGGCCCCCCACCUUGUGCCUUUCCUCUGCCCCUCCACCCCCCCUUUUCCCCCAUUUCUUUACCCUUGCUCUUCCCCUGCCCCCCUUUGCCCCUCCGCUUUACCCCUCCCUUUUGCCCCUACCUUUUGCCCCUUCCCUUUGCCCCUCCCACUCUGCCUCUCCCUUCUGUCCCUCCCACAUGCCACUUCUCAUUUCCCCGUCCCCCUGUCCCCCCCUUACACCCCUCUUGCCCCUUCCCGUUGCACCUUUCCCUUGCCCAUUUCCCCUUCCCCGCCUCCCUGCGCCUCAACAUGCGCCCCUCCCCCAUGCUCCUUUCCCCUGCCCCUCCCCUGCUUCUUACCCUGACCCUUCCCCCUUGCCCCGUCCCCCUGCCCCUCAACCUGCGCCGUUCCCCCCUGCUCCCUUCCCCCCUGAAUACCCUGGCGUGCUGCCUCUGA